AUGGCUACUACAACUAUUCAAGUCACCGAGCCCGCUACCUUGACUUCUGAGGCUCACCUUACCUUUCCCGCCAUCGUUGACCAGCGAGCGGCCUAUGAGCCUCAGAGGGAAGCUUGCUCCAUUCCCCGCACUUCGGAUCCGCGCGAUGGCUGGCGAAUCAUCACAUACAAGGAGUUGGCGAACUGCAUCAACUACAUGGCCCAGGUCAUCCUGCAGAACUACGGUGCACCUCCCAAAGACUCGUUUCCUACCAUCUGCUACAUUGGGCAAAAUGACAUCAGAUACGGGAUUAUGAUUGUUGCGGCCAUCAAGGCUGGGUACAAGUCACUCUUUGUUUCGCCAAGAAACCCGCUCGAGGCUCAACUGAACCUCUUCAAGCUUUCCGACUGCCACAUAGUGGCUCGGCCCAAGUCUCACGUGGCUGUUGUCGAUGAAUGGUUGAAGCACUGGCCCAUGGAUGUCCUUGAGAUUGAGGAGCUGGAGUCCAUUCUUUCUCAGCCAGAAGUUCCCCAUAUUCCAUACACCAAAACCCUCCAGGAAAACGAGUGGGAUCCGUUCGUGGUGCUUCACACCAGUGGAAGCACGGGGCUUCCGAAACCCAUCGUCACCAAACAUGGUUCCAUCACAAUGACCAGCGCUCUUCGGCAUCUGCCUGAGUGGAAUGGAACUGUGCCCAUGGGACAGGCUAUGGAGAAAAUGUCAUCCAGGCAUUUCAGCCCAAUGCCGUUAUUCCACGCCGGCGGAGUUUACGGGUUCCUUGGCACCAUGAUUCUAAGUGGAAAGCCUCUCGCUCUUCCAUACGGAGAUCGCCCCUUGACGCCCGAUCUCUGCAUAGAGUGCAUCAAGUACUCCAACUCAGACGGGGCUGGUCUGCCUCCCUCUGUGCUGGAGGAGAUGUCUCAUCGCCCGGAUCACGUUGCCGUGUUAAGCAGUCUCAAAGUUGUCGGGUUCGGCGGCGGUCCUCUGAGUCAGCAGGCGGGUGACACUUUAGUCAAACAUGGUGUAAAGCUGAUCAAUAUCAUCGGAGCUACCGAAACGCUUCCUUUUUGCAUCUGGUACCAGAAGAAUCCGGAGCUGUGGCAGUACUUCAUCUACAACGAUGAGUACUCGGGCAUAGACUGGCGCAAAGCAACGGGGGAAGAAGACGUGUACGAGAUGGUCAUCACGCGCAAGUCGAAGCAAGUGCCUAUUCAGGGCAUCUUCUACACCUUUCCGAACAUUGAGGAGUACAAAACCAAUGACCUCUACAAACCGCAUCCGACCAUUCCGCAUAUGUGGAAGUUUCACGGCAGAGCCGACAACAUCAUCAACCUAUCCAACGGCGAGAAGUUGAACCCCACCGACAUGGAGGACAUCAUCAUGGGUCACCCUGACAUACGGAACGCCCUAAUUGUUGGAGCUUGGAAGUUCCAGCCCGCCCUCAUCAUCGAGCCCAUGGUCUACCCCAAGACCAAAGAGCAAGAGGACGACCUCAUCGACCGAAUCAUGCCCAUUGUGGCCGAGGCGAACAAGACAAUUGCUACCCACGGUCGACUUGUCAGACACCUGAUCAUGCUUGCGAAGCCAGAGAAGCCCUUCCUCUUGGCCGACAAGGGCAGCGUCAAGAGAGCGGCGACUGUCAAAUUGUACCAUGAUGAGAUUGAGGAACUGUACGCCAACCCAAGAGAGAUUCCCCUCGACAAGGUCCCUCGUCUGGACCUCAGUUCCGAUGCUGCCUUGGCUCAGUCAAUCCAGAAGCUCUUCCGCGAGCACCUGGGUGUCCCCACGAUGCAGGCCGAUACCGACUUUUUUGCUGCGGGCAUGGACUCACUUCAGAUCAUCACCGCCGCCCGUAUACUGACAGCAAGUCUUCGAGUCACGGACAAGGCAUACAGCGGAGUCAGCAUCGAGGCGCGCGACAUGUAUGCUCAUGCAAGCCCAAUCCAGCUUGCUGGACACAUCCUCCAGAACAUUGUCAGCGGCAAGGUGAAUGGUGAAGCCCACCCGGGAGUUCCCAACCUGGACGCCAUGAAGCAGCUCUAUGGGCGUCUUUCACAGAACCUGAUCCACGCCAAACCGAACCGGCCCGAGGCACGCAAGGAUCAGCAGACUGUCAUCCUUACCGGGUCUACGGGCAACAUGGGAUCUUACCUGCUCGACGAAUUGAUCCGAAAUCCACAGAUCAAGAAGGUUAUCUGCUUCAACCGGUCGCCUGAUGGUGGCGCUGGCAAGCAGGAGAAGGCGAUGGAAGAGCGCGGCCUCCAGUCUCCCAGCAAGAGUGGCAAGGUCGAGUUCUUCCACACAAGCCUUGGUGAGCCCAACAUGGGGCUACGCGAGGAAGUCUACGGGCGUCUUCUGAAGGAGGUCGACCGGAUCGUCCACAAUGCGUGGGCCGUGAACUUCAACAUGCCCUUCGAAGCGUUCGAGCCUCACGUCAAAGGCGUCCGUAACCUCGCCGACUUUGCCGCCAAGGCAGACAGGCGUGUCGUCAUGGUCUUUGUCUCGACAAUUGGCACCGUGAGUGGAUGGACUCCCGAUCGUGGGCCGGUGCCGGAAGAAUCUCUUCGGGGCGACUGGGCGAUUGGCGGAGGUCUCGGUUAUGGCCAGAGCAAGCUCGUCUCCAGCAUGAUUCUGGAGGAUGCGGCCAAGGCUGGAGACUUCCCGUACGCGAUAGUUCGUGUGGGCCAAAUUGCAGGACCGCUUGCCGAGGGCGGUGCAUGGAGUCGUCAGGAAUGGCUGCCCUCCAUCAUCGCCAGCAGUCUUCACAUCAAGGCUUUGCCCAAGAACCUGGCGAGCAUGAACGAGGUCUCCUGGGUACCCGUGGAAAUCAUGUCGAGGAUGUGUCUAGAUGUCGGCGGCCUUACCAAAGAGUCGACGGACUACCACGAGGGAUAUUUCACCGGUUCCAACCCUUCGGUCACCUCUUUCGACAAGUUGGUCCCCGCCAUUCAACAGUACUACGGCAAGAGUCGACUUCCCGACCUUGUCAGUUUCCCGGAGUGGGUUCAGCGACUUGAGGCUAGCCGAACCGCGAACAACGCUCUCGGGGCUGAGCGCAAUCCCGGUCUGAAGCUUUUGGACUUCUACCGAGGCGUGUCACAGGGUGACGAGAAUACCACGAAGGAGUUCAUCACCAAGAGAACCGUCGCGAGCAGCCCGGCUCUUCGCUCGGUUGGACCAAUCACGCCGGAGUUGAUGAUUCAUUGGUGCAAGCAGUGGAAGUUUGAGAGUCCUACUGCGGCUCGUGUCGGACGUUUGUAA